UCUCAAACCCGAGCUCGAGCUGGUCCGUCUUCCACCUCCAGGCUGUAGAGCAUCCCGAGAGCUCAAGUUUGCCUUGUCCUCUCAUCACAGAGUAGAAAGAAGUUCCUGAAAGCCACAAGACCAAAACACCAACCACCAACACCAAGAACCAAACCGAGAGGAGGAAGCAGCUCCGAGGUCGGCCCGAAACAUAUCACCUUCAUCUGCAUGAGAAGAUGAUCCCUUUCAUAAAGAUGAAACACUCCCUCCACUAGACCCUCCGGAACACAAGGAGUUCACCGAAGCCACCAAUGGGUCUGCAACACGGCGGCGGAGCUCGGCGGGCCGGCACCGGCGGCGGCAAGGCGGAGUCGGAGCAGAGGAAGCUGCGGCGAGUCAGGCUCCCCUUCUGGUCCUGCCCUCCAAACCGGCCUCCAGGCACCUGAGAGGCUCAGCUGGCCGGUCUCUUGUCUCCCCCCUCCCCUUUCCUCUCUGUUCUCCAACAGGUUCCUCGGUCUGCUAGCCGCCCCCCGCCCGUCCUGGAACGACGACAUGGCUCUGCUUUUCGUGUGAUCUCGUCGCGGGUCUGUUCCCACGAGCCCCUGCCGUGCCGGGGCGGCGGUCUCGGGAGAAGGGCUCGUGUCCGGGCCCUGUCCUUGGGGACCAGGGUGUUGGUGCCGCCGCCGCUUUCCUUGCCCUGCCUCCCUGUGUGUCUCGCUGCCGUUUUCCUUGCCGGAGCUUGCGGGGCCUUGGGGAACAGGGGCGCUUGGGCUCUGCUCCCUCCGAUCCUGUCGCGUGCGUGGACAUUCUGGACGCGUGUGCUUGGCCCUUGUGACCGCAAGUUCUUGGGUGCGCGAGCUGUCUUGUCCCUGCUGAUCCCUCGGGACAAGCAACCGCCUCUUUCUUGCUCGGCUCGCACUCGCAGUGCCUUGUUGGGAUUGCGAGGAAACACGGCAGGAAGUCUUGAUCUUAUAUGCCGAUCGCCUUCCUCCUGUGGCGUGUCAUCAGCUCAAGAAGCUGUGCCCUCUGACUUCUCAGUUGCAUCUUCUUUUCGCCGGCAAGUUGCAGCUGCACUGUUAUGUUCUUGCGCCUUGUGGACCGUCGUCGUCGUUCUGGAAGCUUUUCACGACGGCAUGGGCUCUGUGCCCUUCGGUGACGCCGGGGGGCUCUUCGACGGGUUCUAUGGUGGCUUUGGCUUUGGCGGCGGCGGCCAUGGAUAUGAAGAGUAUGGGCUUGGCCAGCUGGGCGGCGCGUCGACGUCGCCUGUCGUUGUUGACGGCGGAACGGAGGAGGUGGACGCUGCUGCCUCCGCGGAGCUGGAGGCACCGGAGCGGAAGGGUGACCACCGGGCCGAGAAGGUGGCGAUGGCCCUCAAGAGCCACAGCGAGGCGGAGCGCCGGCGGCGGGAGAGGAUCAACGCGCACCUCGCCACGCUCCGGACCAUGGUGCCCUGCACCGACAAGAUGGAAAAGGCCGCGCUGCUCGCCGAAGUAAUAACGCAUGUCAAGAAGCUCAAGGCCAGCGCGGCGCGCAUCAGGACCCACUGCGCCGUCCCUGCCGACGCGGACGACGUCGCCGUCGAGCUGGUGGUCCCGGACGCGGCACCACCGUCACCGUCCCACCACGGCGCAGGCGGCGGCUUCCUCGUCAAGGCGACGCUCAGCUGCGACGACGGCGCCGACGUCUUCGCGGACAUCAAGAGCGCGCUGCGCCCGCUGCGGCUCAGGGUCGUCGGCUCCGAGGUCACCACGCUCGGCGGCCGCGUCCGCUUCACCUUCCUCGUGUCGCCGCCGCCGUGCGGCGCGCCCGGCGGCGACGUGAGAGGCGUCGCCGAGUCCGUGCGCCACGCGCUCCAGUCCGUCCUCGACAAAGCCAACUCCGCGCUCGAGUUCGCGCCCAGGGCGUCGCUCCUGAACAAGCGCCGGAGGGUCUCCACGUUCGAGUCCUCCAGCUCCUCUUCCUGACGGAUAGAUGAUUCAGAGAAGACGCAUCGAUUUGCUAAGCGUCAGGAGUUAGGUUGUCAUGCAUGAACACGAUACUGAGAUACUCCUUUGCAAGUUUCAUACCUAUUCACGUACUAGUCGCUAGGCAAUUAAAGAAGAAGCUGCACUGAUUUACUACGGUUGUCCAAACUGGAGUGGUUUCUGAAGCCCGGGUUUCCAGUGCUUGUAUCACUUAUUCACCUUUUGGUACCUUGUUUUGUACGAGCAUUUUGAUCGUCCCUGAAUGCUUAGUAACUACUUUGUAAGAGAAUCACUCCCGCUGUAAUUUAAAUUUACUGUAGCUACGCAGGAUCACUUUAUGUAUGCAGAUGGCAGCCUUUUACUCGUC